ACACCAUAAACGUUCUCUCCUCUACCCUCUUUUCCACAUUCAAAUCUCUCUCUCUCUCUCUCUUUCUGCAAGGCUGCAACCAUGAAAUCCAGCACAGAGACCUCCGAUAAUCGCUUUCUCCAAAGCCUCUCAACUUCAUCGCUCCGCAAGCUCCUUCCCAAAUCCAAGCACAAAUCAUCCUCAUUUCGCACAAAGCCCAAAUCUAACUCCGAAAACACUGAUCCCAACACUCAACUGACUGAUUCCCAACCUCUGCCUUCCGUCACCAAGCAAUCACCACCGGAGCCAAUUUUUUCCAAAGAAGUCACCAGAUCGGACAGCCAGAACGGGCUACCGAUGCCUCCGGAGCCGGAUCCAACCGUCAAGGUUGUGGUGAGAAUUAGGCCUGUAAAUGAGCAUGAGAGGGAGGGUGAACGGACGGUGAAGAAACUUUCUUCAGAUACAUUGUCGGUUGGGGAUCGGAAGUUCAUGUUUGAUUCAGUCUUAGAUUCGAGUUCGAAGCAGGAAGAUAUUUUUCAGUUGGUUGGCGUGCCCUUAGUUAAAGAUGCAUUAGCUGGUUACAACACUUCGAUUUUGUCAUAUGGACAGACUGGAAGUGGAAAGACUUACACAAUGUGGGGUCCCCCAAGUGCCAUGGUUGAGGAUCAAUCCACCAGCAGUCACCUGGGCAUUGUUCCUCGAAUUUUCCAGAUGCUGUUUUCUGAGAUUCAGAAAGUACAAGAGAACUUUGUAGGCAAGCAGAUAAAUUAUCAGUGUCGGUGUUCAUUCCUUGAGAUAUAUAAUGAACAAAUUGGGGAUUUACUAGAUCCAACCCAGAGGAACCUUGAGAUAAAGGAUGAUCCCAAAAAUGGGUUUUAUGUUGAGAAUUUGACUGAGGAAUAUGUGACUAGCUAUGAGGACGUAACUCAAAUUUUGAUAAAGGGGCUUUCAAGUAGAAAAGUUGGGGCAACAAGCAUAAAUUCAAAGAGCUCUCGAUCCCAUGUUGUGUUUACUUGCAUCAUUGAGUCUUGGUGCAAGGAAACCUCAUCAAAAUGUUUUGGUAGUUCCAAAACAAGCAGAAUCAGCCUUGUUGAUCUUGCAGGAAUGGAAAGAAAUAAACUAGAUGAUGCUGGUAUACUAAGAGUACGGGAAGGCAAAAAUGUAAAGAAGUCCCUAUCACAGCUUGGGCUCUUGGUGAAUGUUCUUGCUAAAGGAACUCAAAUUGAGAGGCCCAAAGACAUUCCUUACAGAAGUUCCUCUUUAACACAUAUGCUGCGAGAAUCGCUUGGUGGCAAUGCCAAACUAACAGUUAUCUGUGCCAUCUCCCCAGAUAGCAAGAGUAAUGGUGAAACACUGAGCACACUCAGAUUUGGACAGAGAGCAAAAUGCAUAUCAAAUGAGCCAGUGAUAAAUGAAAUAACUGAGGAUCAUGUCAAUGAUUUGAGCGAUAAGAUUCGCCAAUUGAAGGAAGAACUUAUAAGAGCAAAAUCAGAUGUAUAUAAUUCCACUGGAAGUAACAAUGGAUACUUUAAAGGGAGAAAUGUACGUGAAAGCUUGAAUCAAUUGAGAGUAAGCCUCAAUCGCUCCUUGCUUCUUCCCCACAUAGAUAAUGAUUCUGAGGAAGAGCUAAAUAUCGAUGAGCAUGAUGUAAGGGAAUUACAUCUGCAGCUAGAUAACUUGCAUAGUUCUUGUGAAGAUCAAUCAAAGGACUCAUCUGAUGACAGAGAUUCCAUCCAUUUCUGUUCCCUAGAAGAAAAUUCUGAGAUGGACUUGAUGAGUGAACCUGACAUUAGCUGUCAAGAAGAAGGUGAAACAGGAGAAAUAAACUUGGAAAUACCUCAGAAGGAACUUCCUCACAACAACAUGGCCACAACUAUGGAUAAUCCUAUGGAUGUCCCUUCAAGAACUAUGAAUCCUGCAUCCAGAAGUAGCCUUUCAAUCAGUUCAUGUCGUCAGUCUCCAUUUCUCCAAGACCCUACAUUGUCUGAGUCUCCAAGAAUAGGAAAUUCCCUGAGGAAAAGCAUAAUUUUCUCAUCAAGCUCUUUGGCAAGUCAAAACAAUGCUUCAAACAGUUUCAAGUUGAAUUCAGAUGUAUUGCACCAGUCGCUCAAACAAAGUGAUCAGAUUCGAUCCUCUUUGCAGUCAAGCAAGGUAAUUCCAGGCCCCACUGAGUCACUGGCUGCUAGCCUUCAAAGAGGUUUACAGAUAAUUGACUAUCACCAGCGGAACUCUGCAUCAAACAAAUCUUCAGUUGCCUUCUCCUUUGAACACUUGGCACUGAAACCAUGUCCAGAAGUAGAGAAAGUUGAUGCCUCUGUUCAAAAAUUUCCGGAAGAGAAGCCAUCUCUAGAUGCACCAUCUGCUACUUUCUUGUGCACUUCUUGCCGGCGAACAGGAUUUGAUGGCUCUGAUGAAGUCCAGGAUAGCUUGAAGAGAUGGAUUGUAGCUGCAGAUGAAUCAGGGAAUUCUAAUGGAUUGGCCAAUCCAGUGCACAAAUCUCAGGGUGCAGAAGCCAUGAAGAGGCAGAAGGAGCUAGAAAACGUUUGUAUGGAGCAAGCAGCUAAAAUUGAGCAGCUAAACCGUCUGGUAGAGCAACUGCAACAGAGUUCCACCACAAAACAUAGCCAGGAAAGCAAUACUCUUCAUCUUGAAGCCGGUAACAAUGAAAUAAUAGCACUUGGGGAGAUUAAAAAUGAAGAGUACAAGCUUCUGAAAUUCCAUUGUGAUGAGAAUCAUGAACUAGAAAUUAUAAAGGAAAUAAAGGAAGUCCAGGAAGAAACCAAGCGUGAGUGCAGGAAUACAUCCUUUGACAUGAAUGAGAAAGAAGCACUUCUUAAGGAAAUUCAAAGUUUAAGGAACAAGUUGGAGUCUGAUGCAUCUGCAAAAAUGUCUACUGAAAAACUGAGAUCUUCUUUGCUCUCACGUUCCAUUCAACUGCAAAAAAGUGUAGAUUCUCAUAAUAAUAGCGAGGAAGAACUAGAGAGGGAAAGGCAGAGAUGGACAGAAAUGGAGAGCGAUUGGAUUUCUCUAACAGAUGAACUGAGGAUUGAUAUUGAAUCCCACCGCAGGCGGGCAGAGAAGAUGGAGAUGGAGUUGAGAUUGGAGAAGAAGUGCACCGAAGAGUUGGAUGAUGCACUUCAUAGAGCUGUCCUUGGGCACGCUAGAUUUGUUGAACACUAUGCUGACCUACAAGACAAGCAUAAUGAGUUGGCUGAAAAGCACCGGAAUAUCAUGGAAGGGAUAGCAGAGGUGAAGAGGGCAGCUGCAAAAGCAGGAGCUAAAGGCAAUGGCUCUCGUUUUCACAAGUACCUGGCUGCAGAGCUUUCAACCCUGAGAAGGGAGAAGGAGAGAGAGAGGGAACACUUGAUAAAGGAGAACAAGAGUCUCAAACUUCAACUCAGAGACACAGCAGAAGCUGUUCAUGCUGCAGGGGAACUCCUUGUCAGGCUCAGAGAAGCUGAGGAAGCAGCCUCAGUCUCUGAGGACAACUACAAUAUGGUUCAGCAAGAGAAUGAGAGGUUGAAAAAGCAAAUGGAGAAGCUAAAGAGAAAACACAAGAUGGAGAUGGUGACAAUGAAACAGUACCUUGCAGAGAGCAGGCUGCCACAAUCUGCAAUACUGAAUAGGGAGGAUUCUGAUAUAGCAGAGAACAACAUGAUCCCUACUCCAGAUGAUGAUCAGGCAUGGAGAGCAGAGUUUGGAGCUAUAUAUCAGGAGCAUUACUAGGUAACCCUGAAAAAAUAUCAAAGCCUAGCCAAUUUAGAAUAAUCAGACCCUACUUGGGUCCAAGUUCCAACCAAUACACAAUUCAUGAACACCUCUAAUUCUUUUCCUAUUUGCAUUUUUUACCUGCUGUGUGAUGUGUAAUAUAAGACUGAUAUGAUUUUUCAUGGGAUAUCAAACUCUUGAUAAUACUUGGAAUUUACAUUUGUAAC